AUGGAGGCAGGGCGGUCAGCCGUCUUCCCACUAUCGCCGCAACCAACUCCUCCUCCUCCUCCCUCUCCCUCUCCCUCUCCCUCUCCCUCUCCCUCUCCCUCUUCCCCUCCUCCUCCCUCUCCCUCUCCCUCUUCCCCUCCUCCUCCCUCUCCCUCUCCCUCAUCUGCUCCUCCUCCUCCCCCUCUCCCUCCUCCUCUUCACCUCCCUCGCCUCCUCUGCCUCCUCCCUGCUCCUCCCUUCCUCUCUGCCAGUGCUCUCCUCUCGCUUCACUGCCUUUUCCUCCUUGCCCACUGA